AUGUUCACAAGUCCAGUUAGUCAAUGGUCGAAAGCCGAAUAUUUUCGCACGCUCUCCAGUCUUCGUUCCGCGCGCUUCUCUGCACCGCAUGCUCAGAUUCCCAGCUGCUCUAAUCUGACAUCUCCUUCAAUUUCCGCUAAUAAAAAUGUCAUCACAGAGACAAAUCAUUCUUCAUUACAUCCAUCGCUGGAGAAAUCGUAUGAUGCAGCAAUACGCUCAACUGAUGGCGAUAAUAAACAAAAGCUGACCUUGGAAAUCUGGUUGCCCAACACACAGCCUCACAAAGACGAUGAAAAUGUUCAUCAAACAACAACAACGAAAGUUGAUGUUGUCGAAACUCUACCAAUUCUCACUAAUCCUGUACAGUCGACACCACUGGUUGCAUCGCAUCAGGAACGAACUAGUUGUUAUCCAACAAUAUCAUCAUAUUACAAUGAAGAGACUCAUACUUUCAAGAUUGUAGAAAAAUUGAUGCCUUCAAACCCUUCUCCAGUCGUUACACCGAGCUUGAACAAUUCAAAACCGAUUAGUUCUUUUCUACGAAAAUACUCUUCGAAGAGAAAGGCUGAUCCUCCUCCCAUGAUGAAUAUUUCAAAACAAAUUCAAUUACCAAUCCUGCCUGACAAAGCGCCAAUACACGUUUCGCGACCAUCAUCAGUGAUUCGUCAAGCGAACACAAGCACAACAUUUCUUGCACGCUGUCCCUCAUCUAUUAACUCAUCUCACACGGAUCUUCAGCCUCAACUACGUGUAUUUUCUCUGACAAAUCAACAACCUUCAUCUAUUUUCCUAACGAGUCUGUCUAACAAAAAAACUAAUGAAACAUUUCACCCACUAAGACGUAGUCGAACGUUUGAAACACUCUUCGAUUACACCACCUCUGUUCGCGUACCAUCAUUUAAUGAAACCUUGGAGCCAAUCCUUUCUCUUACAUCGAAACGAAUGUCGUUUACCUUUCGUGCGAAACAAUAA